AUAUCAAAUGUGACUUAUUAAUUAGACGGCAUUAUAUUCCACAGUUGAGCCAUUAUAAUGUGCCUAUUGGUCGAAUAUGUUAUAGCGAACAGGCCUUAUGUCUGCUGCGUUAGUGUUGGCUCUAUGGGUCCAUGGGCUCGUUUCUCCUUAUUUAUUUGGUUUUCCUAACUCAACUGGCCUUGUGAAUAGUCCUGUAGGAUAUGAUGGCUGAGUGCAGAGCGGCAGCCCCCCUCUGCUCUGCCCGCCCCUGACAUCAUACCCGCCACGGCCCUCCUUCCCGUGGACCGGAGACAUAUCAGAGAGCUGAGGAGAGCCGCUCACACAGACACAAACACACACACACACACACACACACACACACACACACACACACACACACACACACACACACACACACACACACACACACACACACACACACACACACACACACACACACACACACACACACACACACACCGGAGACAUAUCAGAGAGCGAGAGCCGCUCAGUCAGACACACACACACACACACACUGGAGAGACGCUGAGCAGAUACUUUAGAUAUAGCCUACCCUUACUUUAUGUCAAAAUAGACUAUAAUUAUUUGGUACUUUUUCCAAGAAAGUUAAUAAAAUGAGUUUAAUCAUCCAAAAUCUUCGUUGGAAUAUCAUCUUUACAGCGUCUGGAAUAAGCAUUCCCUCCGAUUCACGUAAAUAGUUUCUGCCUCCAGCCCUUUCAGGCAGUACGUCCUAAUCAAUUAAUACAUUUGAAAAUUUCCCAACCAUGGACCUUCCAGGCUCCGUGCCUCCCUCUCCCUUUCCCUACACCUUCCCCUUCAUCCCCAACGUCUCCCUGCCGUCUCCCUCUCCAUCCAUCUCUCCGUCCCCAAGCCUGGCCUCCACAGCUCUCUUCUGCUCCUUCCUGUCGCUCCUCUCCCUGCUGGGUAUCACAGGGAACCUGUACACCCUGGGACUGCUCCUCAGACGCAGGAGAGGACGGAGGAGGCACAGAGCAGGAGCAUGCUGCUGCCCGUACAGACUCCCGGUCCCGUCCUGCCUGGCCAGCGCUCCCUCCCCUUCCCUCUCCCCUUCCUCCUCUCCCGUCUCCUCUUCCAUCAGCUCUUCCUCCUCCCUCUACCUCCAGGUACUGAGCUUGGCUCUGGCCGACCUCCUCUACCUCUUCACCGCGCCCUUCAUCGUGUACGACAGCCUUGCGUCCGGCUGGGCCUUUGGGGAGCUGGGCUGCCGCCUGCUCCUCAGCUUGGACCUCCUGACAAUGCACGCCUCCAUCUUCACCCUGACGGCCAUGAGUCUGGACCGCUACAGGGCCGUGGCGCGGCCCCUCCACGCCUCCUCCUCCAACUCCUCGGGCCUGCUGCGCGUGGGCCUGGCCUGGGGCCUGGCGCUGGCGCUGAGCCUUCCCAUGAUGAUCACUCUGCACCUGGAGGACGGCGACAGCCAGGACGGCCAGCUCUGCGUGCCGGCCUGGGACGAGCAGAGCUCCAAGGCCUAUCUCAGCAUCCUCUUCUGCACCAGCAUCCUGGGCCCGGGGCUGGCCAUCGGGGCGCUGUACGCCACUCUGGGCCGGCUGUACUGGGUGUCGCAGACGCGGCCCGCCUGGGCCAGCGGGGGCAGCACGGCCUACCCUCCCAGAGCGCCCAAGCCCAAGGUGCUGCUCCUCAUCCUGGGCAUUGUGAUAGCCUUCUGGGCCUGCUUCCUGCCCUUCUGGAUCUGGCAGCUGCUGCCACUCUACCAGCCCGACAUGCUGAGGACCGUACCGGUGGGCACCCAGGUCACAGUCAACCGGAUCCUGACUGGCCUGACCUACGGGAACUCCUGCGUGAAUCCCUUUUUCUACACCCUGCUGACGGGAAAACGGAAACGCAAUCGGCAGACGCUGACGUCGGCCAACGAGCUCUGCCGCAAGAGCAGUCCUGUGCAGUAAGAUACGUACGUCUCUGGCCAUAGAGCCCCUUUCUGCUAUAGGACUUUGGUAUGUAUAUGUACUGUAUAUUGUCACAUGUAAUUGACACUCACAAUUCUAUGGAUUUCCCCACAUACACAAGAGGACAGGAGAAUGGUGGGAAAGUAAAGCACUUUGUUUGUAGUUUGUCACGAGGAAUUUGGUGCAGUCGAAAGAACAUUAACAAUUGGUGGGGAAUUCAAUGUUUCAAGAAACUUCAUGUGUUAAUUGUGUCAGAUAAUCUAUUCUACAACUCGUGUCAGGCAAAUUGACAAUCUUUGGCCACAAAACAUCCAAAGCAAAACGUCAAUGCUUCUGGCUGACACUGGGGGAGAAAUUAUAAUGUUUUGAGACACCGCAAAUUAUGGGUCAAAGGCUAUCCUUGAACAAUUCCAAAAACACAGACACAACUCUACAUAAUAAAGCCAAAGCUGCAUGUUAUCUUUUAAAACCUAUUUUGCUAUGACACAUGACACACUUCUUUGCAUGGCCUUAAUGUUUAUCAUAAUAUAUAAUACAGCUUUUUAAAAAGAUGUGCUUCCUGUAGUAUAUCUAAGUGUCAAGUGUUGCAUUGGUUUGGUAGGAGGGAACUCACAGCAAUGGUUCCUCUGACCACAAAACUACAGCUGAACCAUAUUAUUGUUAGCCUUUACAAUGUUACCAAAGAAACAAAUAAGUAUGUUAGUUAUGUUACUAAGUUAAGGGCCAAGCAAAUGAAGUUGAUUUAUUUAUUUUUUUCAAUUAUCAUUUCCAUUCCCAUGCAUAUACAUGCAUAACAAAUAUUUGGGGCCAUCUUGUGUCCCAGUCUCAUGUAAUCUCUGCAUUCUCUUUAAAACCUAAAUGUUCCUAUGCCAUUCACAUUUAUCUGGUAAAAUAUGACGAUGGUAAACAACCCUCAUUGGCUUUGCCCAUACCUUGGUCUAUUCUAAUGUGGAGAUCCUUUUUAUUCUCUCAGAGAUUCUCCAAGUCCAAGUUCUCCCUGUCUCUGUCCCGCUCGAAGGUGUGAAUACUGCUGUUUGACCGAGAGGAGUGGGGGGGGGGGGUGUGGGGGAACUGACGGUGGCGUGGGGGUGUGUGUGAGGGGUACAGUGAAAGGACAGGGGUGCAUAUGCAGAGGGGUGGGCAGAAUAUGUAUGAAGGACCUGCAUAGCAAUGCAGGUGCAGAUAUAUUAAAACGUGCAAUAGAAACAGGGUUUAAGGGUUGGAAAACAGAUUUUAAUUGAUGUGACUUAUGUAAUCAAUAAACUGAUUUCAUGAUUUUGAUACAGUA